AUGUCGACCACCAGCGCGGGCGCCAUUCCAGGGCCGCGCUGUUGCUGUGGUAGCAGCGAUUGCGCCUUCCUCGCCCAUAACGGCCGUCUGCUUGACGGUCUCGAACGGGAUGUCUCCAAAGCUGCUCAGCUCGGUCAAGCCCUGCUCGUCCGCCAUGAAGCCUACGUGGCCGACUCGGAGCGCGAACGUAGGCAGAUGCUGGCCAACAUCGAGCGCCUAGAGAACGAGAAGCUGGAACUCGAGGCCAAGAACGCGCAAACGAUCAAACAGAACCGCGACCUCCUGGAUCAGCUCGAGCAGCUGAACGAGUCCGUCUGCGGCUCAGACGCUCAGAUCCAGGCUCUCCAGGACACGCUGCGCUCGACCGAGGAGGAGCUCCAACGGCUAGCCUCUCUAUCAGCACGCACACAGCUGCUGGAGGCACAGUUGUUCGAUCUGGAAAGGGAGCAGUCACGGCUACAGCACAACUUGGACACCAAGACCGUUGACGAGCGCACCGCUAUACAACGCUGGCAAAAGGCCGAACGUACGCUUGGCGAUCUGCAGGAUCAGAUCGACCGCAUCGAAAGGGAGGCUCGCGAAGAGCGAGAGCGCCAUGUCGAGGUGGUGGCACGCAUGGAACGGAGAAUGGCCGUUGAAAGUGAAUUGAACACAGCAGCGGCACGGCUGAAGGCAAAGGCUGGACAAGAGAAGGACGGUAGUGCUGUCGUCUCCCAUUUCGUCAAGGAUAUCCUGCUGGACAACGCGAAUCUUCAACACGGCAUACUGGAGCUGAGAGAAAUGCUGGUGAACUCGAAUGAAGAAGUCGAGCGACUACGAGACCAGCUGAGGGUACACCAACCUGUUUCCACUUCACCAAUUCAAGAAUCUUCUGGGACAACCCUAGACCAAGAGAUAGAUUUGGAGACUGAGGUUGUUGAGCCAAUCGGGGGCCAGGAGUUGCAUAUCCAUCACCACUACCACGGCUCGAAACCAGCCAAGUCCCUCCCAAAGGUACAAGCACAGCGACGACACAGCAAGAAAAAGCGCUUCAGCCUGACGUCUGGCCACUUCGAUCCUGCACCUUCUCUCAAUCGGACCUCGACAGCUACCAUCCUUUCUCAGACCGCAGUUACUGUGCCCAAUUCUCACCGCUGGUCACAAGCAACGACACUCGGGCCCGGUUCCCUUCCAAGUUCGCCUGUGUCUGACUCGUAUCGUGGCUCCAUGUACGACCGUGUGUUCAGCGAUGCAGCUUACGACUCAUCAAGACCUACUAGUCCUCCGGACUCCAUAGACAUGCACUCUCCCAUGUUCGGCCCUACAAAGUCCAAUGACUACCCCUUCGACUCAGAUUCAUCUCGUCAUCACCGGAGGAGUAGAUCGCGGAGUUUGAAGCCUCCGGUGAUGUUGUCAGCAGCUCGCAGUGCUAGUACACCAAUUGUCAUGACCACCAAGAGUGCUGCCCUGGCCGUCAUUUCCGCCGUCAGUAGUCCAGCAGGGUCAUACACGGAUAACGCCUUUGCCCACUCGCCAACACCGAUCAUCCCCGAAACUCAGGCUGCGAUACCUGAAGAGACCGAGGAGGCUUCAAAUUCAGGAUCCGAAGACGCCCUAUUUUUUUCACCAGACGAAGUGGAGAGGGAUAACGAUAUCAUCUCUACUAUCACACCUGCACGACCUGCGCUACGUCGCCACGCAUCUCACGAAUCACUUAUAUCAAUUUCUGGAAUGGACAUACAUACCCUGCAAUCUCGCCCUGCCCAACUUCUAAUGUCAACCCAUUCACGCUUCUCAACACCCAAAGGUGCCGGCUCAGUGGAUCCUGAGCUUACCCCAUGGACUGCAACCGCUCAUGGCAGCCUCUCGCAAAGAAGAACUGAUAACAGCGAUACUCGAUCCUUCCUCUACUCCACAAUUGCAAAUCAGAAGCGUGGUCCAAGAAAAAGUGAAGGGCCACCGUCAGGGAAGAGCUCUGGAGGGUGGUUCUUUGGCAAGUGGGGGGCGACUCCAACAUCUUUCUCGACAUCACCUGCCGCUUCACCGACGCUACGCCCAACCUCAUCUGAGUCGCGUCAGACGCAGUCUUCGCAAGACACCGCCAAAGCAACAACGCCUGAGCCUACGGGCGCGAAGAAGAAGGCAACUGCGAAGCCUACGCCUGCUAAGGCGAAGCUCAGACCAAGUGGUGUCAAUCAGAAUGGCCCUAUAUGGGGCUUCUUCGAUAGUAUCCCUGAAACUCCAACAAAGGUUGUGGUCAUUGACUAUGAUGCUGAGGCGUUAGGAGAGGCGCUGAACGAUCGUAGUCCGCCGCGCAUUAUUGGUGACGUCUGA